AACAUCGUAUACUAUAAAACAGAUAAGAGAGAGCCAUAUUUACUCAUCAUGACUUUUGGCCAUAUUUGUAACUUUUCCUUUGUUUGACAAGGAUUCAUUAUUAACUACCUUUGCGCUGGGAUACUUUCUGCUAUCACAUUACACCAUAUGAUAUGCAUUUAGUGCGUCUCGGGUAAAGAUUAAAGUGGAAUUGAGUACGAAAUGAAGAUACAACUACCAUUGCGCGCACAGCGCGGAGAAUCGUCGAUUAUGGAGGCUCAGUCUGGUGAAGAGGAUAGCUUUCAAUGGGACGAUGGCGAAAAACGAAGGCUGGAAUCACUCAACAGGUGGACGCUUCGCAGUUGGUGCCAACCCUCGUUAGUUCCUAUUUCAAUAAUACUUGUUCUUAUAGUAAUGGUGGUUUUGUUGCCACUGUUAGAUAGCAAUGGAAAGGGCUACCUCCGAUCAAAAGUGAAACGCGUUACGAAAGAUGUUUGCUCGGAAGGAUGCAAUAUACAGUUAGUGGAGAGUAUACCUGAAGGAUUGAUUUAUCCAGCUGGAAGUCCAACAUUUAUGUCAACUUACGAUGCUUGGAAGCACUUACUCGAGCUGGGCAAAAACACGCUCGAAAUAGGAUCCUUUUAUUGGACCCUCAGACGGGACGAAGUCUAUAAUCACUCGAGCGCAUGGCAAGGUGAAGACAUAUUUAAAACCAUUGGCGAUAAAGGAAAAUCUGGUAAUAUUUCGAUAAAAAUCGCCCAGAGUAUACCCACGUCGGCAAAUCCGGACAUUGAGACGGGAAUAUUUGAAAGCAUGCAUGCGGCAAAAGUGCGCUCGGUAAACUUUCCACGCCUGUUCGGGGGUGGAGUACUCCACACCAAAGUUUGGAUAGCAGAUAGAAUGCAUUUCUAUGUGGGCAGUGCGAACAUGGACUGGCGAUCGUUGACUCAAGUCAAGGAGCUCGGAGUAUUGGCUAUUAACUGUUCCUGUUUGGCAACUGAUAUAGCCAAAAUAUUCGAUGUUUACUGGGAUAUGGGAGUUCCUAACGCUCAAAUUCCUUCGCAGUGGCCCAGUGCUUAUUCCACUAAAUACAACAUGGAUAAUACUCUGUCCGUUGAAACGAAUAAGUUCAAAGUGGACACCUAUUUUUCAAGUUCACCUCCUCCGAUGUCUACCAAGGGUCGCUCCCAUGAUUUGGAUGCCAUCACCGACGUGAUUCGACGGGCGGAAAAAUUCAUUCACAUAUCAGUAAUGGAUUAUUUUCCACUUACGCUAUAUACCGCCAAACCCCAAUAUUGGCCAAUUAUCGAUGAUGCCCUGCGAAAAGCAGCAAUCGAACGGAAAGUUUCCAUCCGAAUGCUGAUUUCGCACUGGAAACACUCACGUGGAUCCGAGCAAUACUUUUUGAACUCGCUCAAAGCCCUUUCGGGAAGUGUAGCCGGUGUGCAGAUUGAAGUGAGGCGAUUUAUUGUCCCAGCGAGCGAGGAUCAGGGAAAGAUACCAUUUGGAAGAGUGAAUCACAAUAAGUACAUGGUUACUGAUAACACUGCUUACAUCGGUACUUCUAACUGGUCGGGUGACUACUUCAUUGAUACCGCUGGAAUCGGUAUGAUUAUGUCCUCUUCCCCAUCCAAUGGCACCAUAGUGCAAGACCUUCAAGCGGUUUUCGAGCGAGAUUGGAACAGUGAAUACGCCGUUGAUGUUGAUUAAUCCGGACUAGUUUUAUUAGAUCGAAUUGCACAAUUUUUCCGAACAACUAUACCGAAUUAAAUACUA